CUGUUUCCUCCUCCUCAUGGCGACCUCUCUCGCCCUCCCCUCCCUCCCUCUGCUGGUCCUUCAGCUUGCGCCCGAUGGCAGUGCAGUCAACUUCCCUAGUUGGCUGAACUGUCUUGAGCGCACGCUGUCUGGCACCCUCGUGAGUGGCUUUAACCUAUGGUUUGUCACUCAGCAGAGUGGUUCUGGCGCCAUUCCCACCUCUCCCUCUGGACCCACCUCUUCCUCCUCUGACCCCUAUGCUGAUGGCCUCCGUGCUGCCAUUGCUGAAACUGAGCGGCUUGUGACCAUGGCGCAAGCCACCGCCACGGCUGCUCCUGACAAUGCUGCUGCCCGUGACUUAGCUCGUAUUCUUGCUGAGUCCCUCGAGAGCACCCGCAAGCGCCUCACUGAGCACCUCGCUGCCCCUUCUCCUCGCUCUGCGUCUACGCCCAUUUCCUCUGCUCCGUCUCACUCUGACCUUCUCGCUGACUGGCAUGUUGCCAACGCACGUGCCUGUCAGGUCAUCCUUGCCUGCCUCCCUCCAACUCUUCUCCCUCAGUGCUCGCACAUCCGCUAUGCCAAGGACCUUCUCGGCUAUCUUACCGAGCGCUUCCAGUCGCAGACUCCUAUCAGUGUCAUUGCCCUCUUACGCGAGCUCACCUCUCUUCGUCUUGCUGACUUCACCACCAUGGCGGACUACAUCGCUCGUGUGCAGACGCUGUCCUCCCAACUUGCCUCUCAAAAGUUUGAACUUUCCGAUCAUGUGUGCGGUGCCCUCCUCCUCACAGGCCUCACUCUUGAAUACAGUGUUCAUGUCACUCUGUAUGGUGAGCGCCCUGCCGACCAGUGGUCAUUCUCUCGUGUCUCUGCCUUCCUCCUCCAGGCAGAGCUCAACCUCCGCAGCUGCCCUCCUACUGUCGCCGCUGUCACACCCGCUUCCGCCCCCCCCCCUCUCCCCACCUCCACUGAGCUGGGGAUACCAUGA